AUGGAUAUGCCAGAAAGAAGGCGCCGGCAUUCGGAGUUACGGCGCUCCGAGCGACGCUUCUCGCGCGCCCCGGGGGGUUGCCGGCGAGUUCCUCUUUCCGCCGCGUGCAUCUCGUCACGUUCUUUCCCCCUUUUCCGGUCCUUCUGUUUCUCUUCCGUCUCGCUCUUUCUGUUCCUCUCGAUUCUUCCUCUCGACUCUCUGUCAUCUGUGCUGGUAGCUGCAGAGACGCCGGGAACGGAGGAGCGUCAGACGGCGCCUGGUCUCGAGGCUGAAACUGGAGACGCGGCUUCCGAGGACUCGUCAGCCUUUCUGCAGCCGCGCGCCCCAACUGCUGUCGAGGAUCUGGAACGUUUCUCUCAGCCUGCUGCGCCCGCUUCCGAUUCGACGAUCACUCCGGAGGAACAGGCAGCGCCGGAAGACCGCUCGGAAACAGAGAAUUCAGUCCAGUGGGAUUCCCCUGAAAACGCGAAAGGGGGGCCAUAUGAACCGUUACUCUCGGUGUCGGCAGCGGAGAGAGUCCUGACGCUCAAAGACUCACCUGCUGCCCCAGAUGCUCCGGAUUAUGAGACUUUCUCCAGCGGCUCUUCUCUCAACUAUGGGGGACUUCCGAGGAUAGCCGAGGAGGCGAUCGAGUUAGAGACACCGAGUGUGAGCGACGCUUCGGCGGCGACAGCAUCGUCUCCGCAUGCACCUUCCUUUUCGUCUGCUGAGGCCUCUCCGGAAGGUCGGGAAGACGGGAUCUUGUUGCCGGUCCUCGAAAACGAGGUCUUGAGCAUUUCCCUGAUCUUGGGUCACCAGGAAGGAGACGGCGACUGCAUAGUCCAGGAGGGCGAGUCGCUCGCGACGAUGUUCAAGAACGGCGACCUCGGCGGUAUCCUGAAGUCGCUUGUCGGCGUUACGUCUGAUUUUUCAAGGUGGGCGUCUCCUUUCCGCUUUCUCCGCCUUCUCCCCCCUUCGCGAGCCGCCAAAGCGCUCUCGCCGACAUCUUCCGCGUCUCCGUCGCGCGCCUUUUCGCCAGAAUCCGGCAAACACACGCGAACCCUCUCCCCAGCAAAACGUGCGAGGCUGGCAGCGGCCGAGGCGAAGCCGCUGGGGAGAAAGAGGCGGCACAGCAAGGACCGCGAAGAAGCGGAGGCAGCGCGUGGAGGAGAAGAAGCGGCGCGAGACAGAGACGCCGAACGAGAUUCUCCGACCGCGAAGGACAGACGAAAUGAGCCACCCUUUUUUGUGUCUCGGCUUUCAGCAGAUGCUUCUUCCUCUGCGUCGCUCCCGGAAGCUGAGGCUGUCCCAGCGGCUGAGCGCGCGGACUCGCCCGCGCCGGGGAACGAGGUCGGUGCGUUUUUCCCGUUCCACUCGGCGCAGCGGCGCGUUCUCAGCCUCACCACAGCGCAGCGUAUGUUCCGCUUUUUCACUUCCGUCACGAAGGAGAACUUGGGCUUGGCCGUCUGCCAGGCGCUCACUGGGCCGACAGUCAACAGUCGCGCGUUCUGCUCGCUGCUGAACGUGAUGAAGAACGAGGUGAUUUGCAAGCAUCGCGUCCAGGACUGUUCUGCGAUCCCCACGCACCUCUUCGCCACUUCGGCAGGUUCGUCGCCAACCUCUCUUCUUGCGGAACACCUGUUCCCUCCCAUCACUGUCCCUCCUCCUGCCUCAACUUCAUCCUCCAAGUUCGCUUUCCCUGCUUCUGCGUCCGUCCUGGAGUUGCCCCUCGUCUCUCUCCAGUCCGUUCGAUCUUCUUCUUCUCUGAAUGUGCCGGAGGAGGUCGUGGCGCUGGAAGGGCCGACGUACGCCUUGGCGUGGGAAGGCCUGCGGCGUCUAUACGACUACUUUGAACUUCGCGUGUGCGAAGAAGCGUCGACUCGCGCGGCUGGGUUUCUGGACUCCCUGCAGGUGGAGGCGACGCCGAGCGCGUCGCCUUUCUCGCCAGCUCCUCAGUUCCUGCCAGGGUGGGAAACGGAGAUGAUUCUGAACGCAGUUCAGCCUGGGACGACGCCGCGCAGUCCGCUCGCCGUGAUUGCGCGCCGGGGCAAAACGGUGUUGAUUCUCAUUCGCGGAACGCAAACGCAGUUCGAGUGGGCUCUGAAUGCGCAGUACGAGUUAACGUUUGGGUGGAACGACAUGUGGGACGGGAAAGUCGAGUCGGGGUUCUCUCGCGUCUUUGCGGCGAUCUCGCCAGCCAUCCAGGUGUAUCUGGGCGAGUUGAAGCGGCGCGGGAACAUCGACAGAAUCCUCGUCUCUGGCCACUCGCUCGGCGCAGCCGUCAGCUGCCUGCUUUCAUACUCUUUGUCGAUUUCCUUCGCGAAUGUCGAGGCGAUCCUCUUCGCGCCGCCGAGAUCCGGAGACGACCUGUUCAUGAAGGCCUGGGGGCGACGCGUGAACGGCCGAGCCGUUAAAUUCUCCCUCGAUCCUGUGAUCGAGGUCCCCUGCCGCAUCAUGCCGCUCUGUGACGGCAAAGAAGAUCUGGGCCGAAAAAAGUGGACUCAGACUGCUUCCGUUCCCCCUGGAGCGCCUGCCUCGGCUGCCGUGAGUGACAGGGCGGGGACGAGCCCCUCGGACGACGAGAACCUGCGGUCGAACGCGGGCAUUCCAGAGAUGACGCCCGCGAGUUGGAGCCGCGCGCAGCAGGCGGGAAGCGACUGGGACUCUGCGCAGCUCGGCGGCUUCGCACGCGACCGUCCUCUCGAGUUGUUAAAGUACCGCGAGGAAGAGAAAAACGCGCUAACCUAUGCAGACUACCCGCACAGCGUCGUUUUCACUCCCGCCGACUUGCCGAAUUCAAAAGAGCAGUCCACGCUCCACGCGAAAUACAACCACUUCUGCGCCUACUCCUGCUGGCUGAGUUACCGGUUCAACACGCGAAACCCCAACACGCACUGCGGGAAAGAAUCGAAAAGCAAACGCCGAUCUGACAGGGACGAGGACGAUCCCUCGCUGUGCCCCGCCGUCUGA